CGUCACGUGAGGAACCUGUCUUCACUGAACUUCACUCGAUCUCGUCGGCAUCCUACGAAUAAUGCCAGUAUUCUGCCAAUGCCUCCCAACGUCGUGUCACCCACUCCAAUGUCCCGUGCUCAGUCAAUGACAUCCGUAUCGAGAUGAUUAGAUACUCCACGUUCUCAGGAUCCUCAAAAUGGAAGAUAGACCAUUGAGAUCACCAAGCAGCUCGAAUACUGCCGAAAAGGAUGGACCUGGGUCUCAAAAGCAAGCAGCCUGCUUGAAUUGCAGGAAAAGCAAGACUCGCUGCUUGCGUAAUGCUGCUGAAGACAUACGCUGCAAGAAAUGUGCGCAGACUGGGGCGGAAUGCAUUGUUCCGGAUUACCGUGUCGGACGAAAGAAAGGCAUCAAAAAUAAGAGAGAUGGACUCGAGAAGGCAGUAUACCGCAUCGAGCAAGCCAUCAAAAGAUCCAGGACCCAAGGCCCAGAUGAAGAGCAGAACACACAGCAUCUUCAAGCACUCCUAACUGAAGCCCAGGGGUUGCUCCCAGCGAGCACUUCACAAACUCUGGACCUGAGCCCGCGUACAGACCAAUCUCAGGGUCAUCAGAGAGACCAAAAUAUGAGCCCUCCACAGCCAUCUCAGGGUCAUGCUCAUGGUCUGCCCAACAUGUCUCCGGGCCAAAGGAGCCUUCAGAGUGCCCACCAUAUAACAGGAAGUCUGAACGGUUCUCAAGCCCUGCGAUCAGGAAUCCCAAAUAACUCAUUCAGGGGAUCAGCCACCGAGACGGAAAGUCCGGACGACAACUUCUCGGUCCAUGAUGCCGAAAAUCCUCUGCAAUUGCUCGCGCGAGCAUCAGAUCUAUCAGCUCCCAACAAGCAGACCUCCUAUCUUAGCCCACCACGAUUUCCGGGUGCUGUUGGAGACCAGCAAUUACGGGAUUUCUUCGGGCCCUUUCGUCCGAGUUUGGACGUCGGCGAGGAUAUCGACCCGAUAGAAUUGGGACUUGUAACAGAAGAAGAGGCAUCCAUUCUGUUCGCCUACUUUCAUGACAAUCUUGCACAUACUAGGUGGGGCUUGGACCCGCUCCUCCAUACCCCGCAAUUCGUACGCAAGCAGUCAGCUUUCCUGUUUACGUCGAUUAUGGCAGCAUCAGCGUUGUUUAUGCCAACUGCAUCUGCUGUAUCCAGAAGACUUUCAGCUCAUUGCAAACUUCUGGCCCGGGAGCUCAUGACGAAACGGAAUCGGUCUCCCGAAAUUGUCUUGGGAUUCAUGGUCAAUAUCCCAUGGAUGGCACCUGGUGAGCACUGGUCAGACGACGGGACUUGCGCAUAUAUGGCUUCUGCUCUGACUAUCGCUAUGGACAUCUCACUGAAUAAACUCAUUGUUCCAUCUCCGAGUGACUCUCUGACCGGAAUCCAUGAGGGUAAGCCACCCUCUGACUGGAUCACUGCCAAGAAAGCAUUGGAGCUUGAUGGCUUCUCGGACGUAGAUCCAAACUCGGAUUUCGGGAAGAGACUCCUCCGUCGACGCGAAAGAAUUUGGCUUGCGUUGUUUGUGCUCGAUCGAGGGGUUUGUCUGGCAAGAGGCAGGAGUUUCACAGUGCCCGUGACCACCAUUAUUGAGCGUUGUGACAACUGGCACAAGUCGGCAAUCGCAGAUACAUGGGAUGGCUCAAUAAUUUCAUCUACUGUGCUUCGAAGAGAUCUUGCGACUUUGAUAUCCGAAGUAAAGAAAACCUGUGACAGCCAAAUCGUUAGUGGUAACUCGAUUGCUCAAUCACUCCAGGGAAUGAUUGAUGGGUUCUUCAACAACUGGUACGCGACAUGGGCAUUUGCCAUAGGAGGGAUGAAAGACAACUCGAUCCCACCAUACGUCGAAAUCUUGGUCACGCAUGGUCGGCUAUCAAUAUACAGCAGCGUCAUCAACCAUCCUACAGCACCAGUCGAGGUUAAAAGCUUCCUGCGCGCUGCAGGACUCUCGUCGGCUCUGAAUGUCCUUCGCGCAGCCGUCCAAGGGGAAAAUCGACUUAAAUCAAUGCCGAAUAACACUUCAAUCAUGAUAUCAUUUGCUGCAUGCUUUGCAUUCUAUCUCAGCACCACCGGUUCAAUGGGUAGUAUGAGCUUGGCACCCAGUAUUCGCCGGCUCAUCGAGGAGUCUGCGGAUGUUCUGGAGAGGCUUGGAUCCAAUCCACCUCAUCGGAACGGGACCGCUGCACUGUACGGCAGGCACCUUCGCGAAGUUAUAGGAACAUCCGUUCCGGGAUCAGAGUACGGCCAAAGCCAAGUUCAGGCCACUUAUCCUGUACCUCAGAAUGUCCAGCAGCCGAUGCAAGCUUACCAAAACCAGCCAAAUAUUCCUCAACUGGAAAUGUCAGAACUCCUCAACUUCUCUUCCAUGUCGGAUGACCAGAUCAAUGAAGCAAUUAAUAAUGCUGGAAAAGAGCUGGAUAUGUACAUACCGAAUUUACAGAUGGAGGAUCAGGGUGCUUUGGACUGGCUCGAUUGGUUCAACAUGGAUAUUAAUGUUAAUGGAUAGGGUCAUAGCGUAGACAUGUGCAAGCGGUGAUUGGAGACAAGCAUUUGCCAACUACUUGGUUCAGUACAUCAAGUACCAUCGGGCCGACGGAAUUGACAUCACGCAUCUUAGUUUACUGAUCAAGUCAGAGUUUGCGUGAGUGCGUUCUUCACUUCAAACUUCUGUCUGAUUGUCCGCAGCGCCUGCUACGCUGGGCUCCUGCUGUGUCGAACCCAAGCAGCAUCAUUCACCAAGACGCUGUCCCCGCCCUCGCAGCCGCCUUUCUCUAUCACUGUCAAUCGCUGUUACUUGGGAAGGCUGUGGCAAUGAAGGGCCAAGAAAUUCCAGCUCAAAUCCGCCGGAGUCAAAUCACCCAUGUCAACCAUCAUUUUCUCACGCAUACAACAGUGGAAUUAACCCUCCUCUCAGCACCUCCAAACGACUUGGGAGACCGAGAAUACAGAUCUCAAUGGCGCAUGGCAGACAAAUUGAAACAGCAACGGUGGAGCGGCGAGGGAAUGCACUGGGUGUCCCUCAUCCAUUCUGCAACGGUGCAUGCAAAUUAUGGCGCUCACUUCUACUGGGUCGGUGGUUAAUAUGGGGAUCCGAGCCUCGAAUUUGAUAUCGGUGUCAGGGACUACAUCCUUGGUGUCCAAACGCCUGUGGGCACUCGCACAUUUCGCAAUAGGUGCGGCCUAGGUGCAGUGAGAGUGGGGAGGUUAGGCGGCAGCAUUCCUACCAACGCGUGUCCGAACGUGGAUGGGGAGCUCGAGUUUUUUGGCUCUCAAUACUGGGACGAGUACUUCUGCAUUUAGCAUCGGGACGACAGACACGGCGUUGGUGGCAAAUACCACAAGGGUUUAGGUAUGUUGCAAUGGAUGUAGGAUAGGUAGGAGGAGUGGUAAUGGAACUGUGCCUUCUCGAGCGAUGGUUAGGUUCAUUCUGUCUCAGUAGUCGAAGCUGGACCCCCAAUUACGUUGCUUGAAGCCAGCGAAUGUUAUGUUCUUGCACGAAAGUUUGCUCGGUUAAUGAAUCUAUCUCUUGCUCCUUCUGUCGCUUCCGUCAGCGAAGAUAUCUUCCGCUUCCCAACAUCGAGGCUGAGUGGGUGUAAACAAUUGCAAGCUUGCACAACCAACAGUUUGGGGCUAGAUCGAACGAAUUAUUCUCAACGCGCGCAAGCCAUUCCAACAAGAGCCAAACCAGGCAAUCAUCCGAUAAGCAAUUCAUUCAAGGAUACAAGUCGAGUUCUCAUCUCAGCGAUAUCAACAAGCGACAAGACCUUCAAUUUCACCCUCGCGCGUCUCGUACCGAAUUCCUUCCAGGCGACUGUAAAAGGUGGUCCGCAUCACCACCCAACUUGCCGGCCCACCAACCACCAACCACCAUCCCCU